AUUUUAAACACUCUCAUGAGUUUGAUUUAAUGUUUUUUAAUUUUAAGUCAUUAAACUAAUCUCAUACCCGCCACCUCUUAAUUCCUCUGUUACAAGCAAAUAUACGUUAACACAGACAUAACCACUCACUUUCACACACUUCGAAAUUGUAACCUUUUCUUUGUCCCUAUUCACAAUUAUACUUUUCUUUGUUCCUCCUGGGAUUUUAUUUUCUUCUUUUUCAAUCUAUAGCUGUUUUUAAGCAAUACCCAGAUGAUAAAGUUCGUUAAUUUGUUUCAAUUUCAGUAAUUUAAACACUUUUCUUUUCUCGAAAGUUUUGAUAUUUGUCAAUGGCGGCGGUUUCUGAUAAGGAUGAUGAACAGCCCAUUAUUCUUCAUGGGGACUUGGAACUGUACAUCAUUGAAGCAAGAAACUUGCCGAACAUGGACUUGGUUACUACGAGAAUCCGCAGUUGCUUCUCUGUUUGUGACUGUACAGCACAAUCAACCACCACUACAGCCAGAGGACUGAGAGGAGGAAGAGGAGCUUCCACCGACGAGGACUCCGGCGACGAAGAUCAGAAGAUUCACCGACACAGGAACAUUAUUACAAGUGAUCCUUAUGUCACAGUGGUGGUUCCUCAGACAACUUUAGCAAGAACCCGUGUGUUAAAGAAUGCAAAAAACCCGAAAUGGAAGCAGAGGUUUUUCAUUCCUUUAGCUCAUCCUGUAGUUAAUCUUGAAUUUCAUAUUAAAGAUAAUGAUCUGUUUGGUGCUGAGCUUAUGGGAGCUCUAAAAUUCCCUGCCUCUGAGAUUGCUACUGGUAAAUUGAUUAAGGGUUGGUUUCCUAUACUUGGCUCAUCUGGUAAGCCACCAAAACCUGACACUGCUCUUCAUUUGGAAAUGAAAUUCACUCCUUUUGAAAGAAAUGUAUUGUAUAAACAUGGUAUUGCUGGUGAUCCUGAACAUAAGGGUGUGAGGAAUACUUAUUUUCCUUUGAGAAAAGGGAGUAAGGUAACUACUUAUCAAGAUGCUCAUGGUGCUGAUGGAAUGGUGCCCAAGAUUGAACUUGAUGAUGGGAAGGUUUACAACCAACAGCAUUGUUGGGAGGACAUUUGUUAUGCUAUAUCUGAGGCUCAUCAUAUGAUUUAUAUUGUUGGUUGGUCUGUGUUUUAUAAAAUUAAGUUGAUUAGAGAGCCUACUAAGCCGUUGCCGCGAGGUGGAGAUUUGACUCUCGGUGAAUUGCUCAAGUAUAAGUCUCAGGAAGGUGUGAGGGUUUUGUUGCUGAUUUGGGAUGAUAAGACUUCGCAUGAUAAGUUUGGUAUCAAAACGACCGGACUGAUGGAAACCCAUGAUGAAGAAACCCGGAAGUUUUUCAAACAUUCAUCAGUCAUUUGUGUAUUAGCAGCUCGCUAUGGAAGCAGUAAGAUCAGUUUUUUGAAACAACAGAUUGUUGGAACAGCAUUUACACACCAUCAAAAAUGUGUUAUUUUGGACACGCAAGCAUCUGGGAAUAAUAGGAAAUUAACAGCAUUUUUGGGGGGUAUUGAUCUUUGUGAUGGAAGAUAUGACACUCCAGAGCAUCGAAUAUUUCGUGACCUUGACACCGUAUUCGAGGGUGAUUUCCACAAUCCUACAUUUCCUGCCAAUCAGAAAGCGCCAAGGCAACCAUGGCAUGACUUGCACUGCAGGAUUGAUGGGCCUGCUGUAUAUGAUGUGCUCAUAAACUUUGAGCAGCGAUGGAGGAAAGCAACAAAGUGGUCAGAGUUUCGCACUCUUUUUAAAAAGGUGUCUCAUUUUAAUGAUGAUUCAUUGUUAAGAGUUGAACGGAUUUCAUGGAUACUGAGUCCGGUCUUAGCUCUAAAGGAUGGUGUAACUGUAGUUCCACCUGAUGAUCCUAUAGUACAUGUUUCCGGUGAAGAUGAUCCUGAAAAUUGGCAUGUUCAGAUAUUCCGAUCAAUUGACGCAGUAUCGGUAAAAGGAUUUCCAAAAAAUAUCCAUGACUCUCAGGCCCAGAACCUCAUCUGUGCCAAAAAUCAAGUGAUCGACAGGAGCAUCCAAACUGCAUACAUCCAGGCAAUUAGAUCUGCUCAGCAUUUCAUCUACAUUGAAAAUCAGUACUUUCUAGGAUCUUCAUAUGGAUGGCCGUCUUACGUUAAUGCAGGAGCUGAUAAUAUGAUCCCAAUGGAGCUGGCACUAAAGAUUGUCAGUAAAAUUAGAGCCAAUGAGAGAUUUGCAGUGUACAUUGUGCUACCAAUGUGGCCGGAGGGUGAUCCAAAGUCUGAAACCAUGCAAGAAAUCCUCUUUUGGCAGAGCCAGACGAUGCAAUUGAUGUAUGAUCUAGUUGCUCGGGAAAUUAAAUCCAUGAAACUUGUAGAUACACAUCCUCAAGAUUACCUAAAUUUCUAUUGCAUUGGAAAACGAGAAGAAAAUCCAAAUCCGAGUACUAAUGGUGAAACGGUCUCUGAGGCUUAUAAGAAUCAAAGGUUCAUGAUUUACGUUCAUGCCAAGGGAAUGAUUGUCGAUGAUGAAUAUGUCAUUAUUGGAUCUGCCAAUAUUAACCAAAGAUCCAUGGCCGGUUCAAAAGAUACCGAGAUAGCUAUGGGUGCAUAUCAACCUCAUUACACAUGGGCUGCAAAGAAAAAACACCCACGAGGGCAGAUAUAUGGAUAUAGAAUGUCGCUAUGGGCUGAGCAUCUUGAUCAAGUUGAGAAAUUGUAUGUGGAGCCGGAGAGUUUGGAAUGUGUCAAGGCUGUAAAUAGCAUUGCAGAAGACAACUGGAAGCGAUACACAGACCCAAAUUUCAGUCCGUUGCAGGGUCAUCUUCUUCGGUAUCCUUUGCAGGUGGAUGCGGAUGGGAAGGUAAGCCCUCUACCCGGGUACGAAACUUUCCCCGAUGCUGGGGGUAAGGUAAUUGGAGCUCAAUCUAUGAAAAUCCCUGAUAUUUUGACAACGUAAAUUCCGAUCCAAACAUUUUGGAUGAAAAAAGUAUGCAGUUGUUAAUUUAAUGUUUUCAUUCUUUAAUUUCUAAGUGAGUGAGCUUGUAAUUUUGUGAUGUGGUGUUGCAUAAAGUGUAAGGGUGAGCUGUGAAUACUCUGGUACAGUAUUAUUGUGCAUUGGUGACAAAGAUGAAUUUGUGAAUAUUGUCUAAUUGAAUUAAAUGGUUUCUUAAUAAGUGUACUGCCUCAUCAAAGGUAUUUGAUUAUUAUUUUUGUUCAA